AUGUCAAGAAAUUGGAUGGAAGAGGAAGCUCAAUUUCAUGAUAGCAAUUUACUUUAUAAGUUAUUGAAAACAGCUCAACAUCUACCUAUCGAUCUGGAAGUAGCAUUAAGUUGUGGAUUGAAUAUCAGAAUAAGUAGUCCAAUUUUUUCUAAUAUUGGUCCUAUUGUGUGUGUCACUGAUCCAAAACAUCUGAGAAAAAAUACUAGAAAUAGUAUUUAUAGUGGUGCUAGGAUGCUUAGUUUUGGUGAUUCAUAUGUUGGAUUUCAACAUGUUUUUGAUUUAGCAAAUAAUCCAGAAUCUGUUUUAUUUCAUGGCGAUGUUUGUAAUGUUGACAGUCAAGAUGACAGUGCAGCCUAUAGAUUAUUUUCACCUGAAUUUUUCUUGGAAGUAUCUAAUUCCAUAACCAGAUACAUUUGUAAUUACUUUGAAGGAAAUUUAUCUGAAUAUAAAGAUAUAUUGUCAAUCUGGCCAAGCAAUUAUGAGUUAUCUACUGCAAUUCAUGAAGCAUACCAAGAAGCAAAUAAUCUGGCUAAAAUUGUUGGAAUGUUCAUGAAUUUAGAUUCUUUACUGUCAACAAUGCUUUAUAAUUUUAUAGAAACAACCAAUGAAAUUGAAACUAAAAAUAAUCAAGAAACUUUUCAAGGAGAUGAAGGAAUUAUGUUUGAAAUUGCUCAAUUGAUGGAAAAAUUCUCAAAUUUAGAUAUUAGAGAUGAUAAUGAUGAGGAUUUGAAUUUGAAUUAUGAAAAUUUAUAUGUUUCACUAUACAACCAAAGAGUAUCCCAUCAAGCUUAUAUUUCAAAAAACAUCAUUCAUAGUAGACAUCAAAAUAUUCCAAAUAGAUCAGAUUUAACAAGUACCCUUAAUUCAUCAAUUAUUAGUCAUCAUGUUUCAUAUUUAACAAAUAAUUUAGAUAUAUACAAUCAACCAAAAUCAAGACACCAACGUUGGGGUAUUCAUCAAAGAUUUCAGCAAAUAAAUUCACUUUUACCAAAUAAUAAUGAUAGUAGUGAUGGGAUUCCACAAAUUUGCACAGCAAAUAUAUCUUUAAUAUAUCCAGCACAAAGAAAUGGAUUUGCUUUUGCUUUAAUAGAUUCAAAAAUUUAUUUG